AUGGGAGGGGAUUUCGAUGAACUUGAUUUGUCAAAUGAAGAUGGAGAGAUAUGGGUUGGGAAAAAGUUCAGGAACAAGGAACACUUUAAAAUCACGUUGGCCAUCAAUGCGCUGAAGAAUAUAGUGACGUUCGAAUUCAAAAAGCAUGCGAAGAAGUACACAGUCGCCGAAUGUCCAUCAAAGAUAUGUGAUUGGAGAGUGUUGGGGUGUCAAGUUGGCGAGUCGGUGUUGUAUGAGGUGAGGAAGGCGUGUUUGAAGCAUACAUGCCACCCGGAUACAAGAAAGAAAUUUUCUAAACAUGCUACUUCUAAAGUCAUGGCGGCUCUCCUGAAGUCUAAGUAUGAGAAUGCAAUAGUUGGGUCACGUGCGAGUCAGCUACCUGCGAUUGUUCUCUCCGAAUAUAAUAUUACAGCCUCAUACUGGAAAUGCUGGAAAGCUAAGGAGCUGGCUAUAUACUCUGCUCACGGAACAGAGGAGACUUCUUUCAAAUUAUUACCGAUUUACCUCCAUGUGCUCAAGUAUGCUAACCCCGACACCAUAACGCAUUUGAUAACCGAGAGCGAGAGAGAUGAAAAAGAUGGAAAAUGUAUUACCAGGUUUAAGUCCGUAUUUAUGGCAUUGGCUGCGUGUAUAUAUGGAUGGAAACAUUUGAAACAAGUAGUUGUUGUUGAUGGGACUCACCUGACUGGUAAGUAUAAGGGUUGUCUAUUAACGGCCAGUGGACAAGAUUCUAAUUACCAGGUAUUUCCAAUAGCGUUCGCCGUUGUCGAUGCAGAGUUUGACAAGACGUGGAGGUGGUUCUUUGAGAAGUUGUUAGAAAUUAUUCCUUGA